GGGAUGGCAGGUAUCACCUGGGUGUCCCCAAACACAGGCAGCGUUAGUAAGGAGCUGGGGACUGACUUGACAACAGUUGCCAGCAGAAGAAACUAAGAGACGUUUCCAACGGGAAGAUGAAGUGUGAAAACAGUAAGAGUGGAGGGCACACAGCUCAGCCGGAAUUGUAAUUUCUACUUCGACCCCACACUGCUCCUACCUCUCAACCUGCUCUAGGGACGACGCCGCCCACUCUCCACCCCUCACACCCACCCCGCGAGAGUCCCAAGCAGCUGGACUCUGCAGCCGGGUCAGGACUCACCUCGCCGUGCCGCUUCGCCCAAGGGCCGACUCCCAGACCCGCUCAACCGGCGUUAGGUCCCAGACCUCCGUUUUUGAGUACAACCGCUAAGAUGCUACGGCCCAACGCAGUGCAAGGCGACACAAGCUCGGGCUUCCGUAGGCUACCGACCCACGACCCCGGAUGUUGAUGUGCUGCCUGCCCCGGAAGCGGUGGCCCGAGUGUAGGGCGGAGGCGGUGUUGCCCAACUCUCCGGAAGGAGACGUGGCGGCGGUUGGGUCUCCUGAACCGAGGACGCUUUGUAGUCCCGCCGCCGCCUCCUUCUCCUCCUCCUCCACCACCUGUUCUCCUCGGGUAGAGGAGGUUGUGACGGCGGCUGGAGGACGCGGCAACGGAGGAUGGAGGAAGGAGGCGGCGGCGUGCGGAGCCUGGUCCCCAGAGGGCCGCUGUUGCUGGUCCUGUGCGGUCUCCUGGAAGCGUCUGGCGGCGGCCGAGCGCUGCCCCAGCUCAGCGACGACAUCCCCUUCCGCGUCAACUGGCCCGGCACCGAGUUCUCUCUGCCUACAACUGGAGUUUUGUAUAAAGAAGAUAAUUAUGUCAUCAUGACAACUGCACAUAAAGAAAAAUACAAAUGUAUACUUCCUCUUGUGACAAGUGGGGAUGAGGAAGAAGAAAAGGAUUACAAAGGCCCCAAUCCAAGAGAGCUUUUGGAACCACUAUUUAAACAGAGCAGUUGUUCCUACAGAAUUGAAUCUUAUUGGACUUACGAAGUAUGUCAUGGAAAACAUAUUCGACAGUACCAUGAAGAAAAAGAAACUGGCCAAAAAGUAAAUAUUCAUGAAUACUAUCUUGGGAAUAUGCUGGCUAAGAAUCUUCUGUCUGAAAAAGAACGAGAAGCAGAAGAAAAAGAAAAGUUAAAUGAGAUCCCCACUAAAAAUAUUGAAGGUCAGAUGACACCCUACUAUCCUGUGGGAAUGGGAAAUGGUACACCUUGUAGUCUGAAACAGAACCGACCCAGAUCAAGCACUGUGAUGUACAUAUGCCAUCCUGAAUCUAAGCAUGAAAUCCUUUCAGUAGCUGAAGUUACAACUUGUGAAUAUGAAGUUGUCAUUUUGACACCACUCUUGUGCAAUCAUCCUAAAUACAGGUUCAGAGCCUCUCCUGUGAAUGAUAUAUUCUGCCAAUCACUGCCAGGAUCUCCAUUUAAACCCCUCACACUAAGACAGUUGGAGCAGCAGGAAGAGAUACUGAGGGUGCCAUUUAGGAGAAAUAAAGAGGAAGAGUCACCAUCUGCAAAAGAAGAGAGAUUUCCAGCCAUCCACAAACCUAUUGCUGUUGGCUCUCAGCCAAUGCUCACUGUUGGAACAACCCAUAUAUCCAAGCUGACAGAUGACCAGCUCAUAAAGGAGUUCCUUAGUGGCUCUUACUGCUUUCAUGGGGGUGUUGGUUGGUGGAAAUAUGAAUUCUGCUAUGGCAAAUAUGUACAUCAAUAUCAUGAGGACAAAGAUAAUGGGAAAACUUCUGUGGUUGUGGGGACAUGGAACCGAGACGAGCAUGUUGAAUGGGCUAAGAAAAACACUGCUAGAGCUUAUCAUCUUCAAGACGAUGGCACCCAGACAGUCAGGAUGGUGUCGCAUUUUUAUGGAAAUGGGGAUAUUUGUGAUAUAACUGACAAACCCAGACAGGUGACUGUAAAACUAAAGUGUAAAGAAUCAGAUUCUCCUCAUGCUGUUACUGUGUAUAUGCUUGAGCCUCACUCCUGCCAGUAUAUUCUUGGGGUUGAAUCUCCAGUAAUCUGUAAAAUCCUAGAUACAGCUGAUGAAAAUGGACUUCUUUCUCUCCCCAACUAAAGUAUAUUAAAAUUGAAGGAAAGAAAGAUGAUUGAAAGUCAUCACUUCCUCCCAACCAUGUCUCAUUAUAGAGUCUCACCGUUGGACCCUGUCUACAGUAUCACAGGAAAGGACUGGCAAUACGAUGUGAAAUCCAUGUGUAUAUAGAGGUUAUUGAUAAACGUGUAAGGCAGAUGCUUGUCUCACUUCAUUUAUUUUGGUGUUAUAUGAACUGAUUUCAUUUUGACUUUGCUUGGAUAAUGUGAUUUCAAAAUCUGAUUCAAGCAGUUUAGAGUCCAGCCUAUUCAGAUGUCAUAAUCUUGUACUUAUUGAAGUACUUUUAAAUAAUAUACUUAUUGUGUAAAUUACAGCAUAUAUAAUGAGCUAAUGAAGUAAAGAUAAUGAAGAGAAAAGUUGCUAGGAGAGUGUUUUAUUAAAUAACAGGCCAUGUAAAAUAUGUAAAAUUCUAGUGCCUGAAAUCCUUUCAGCAAAUUUUUCUGUGGCCGCUGCUCUGUGUCAGGCACUAAACUAGAAGUAGAAACAGAGUAGAGCCUCACAGAUGACCCGACACCACUGUUAUCUCAAGAAACUCUUUUUUUUUAUGGCAGGUUGCUCCUCUUCCUGAACUUUUAUGAUUCUUUCUUCUCAUAAGUGAGUUUAUUACCAGUGUAUAUAUGUAGUGCCAACGGUUGGUGUCUUCCCUAAAUUAGAAUGGUUCAUUCUAAAACUCACUGUGCUGGCUCUCUGUUGUACCUUCCUGCUGUAUAUUAUAAACCUUAGUUCUGGACAGUUUUACAGCACAGUAUUUAUUUCAAAGAGAAUAAAAUGUUCAUAAGCAGUCUUUUCAUGUAA